AUGAGAAUUUUGUUAAUACCUUUAAUAUUAUCCCUAAUAACAUAUGCUAUUAUAUUUUUAAAGGGGAAGAAAAUAAGUUAUAUAUAUAUUAGUGAUAAUAUAAGAAAUAAGUUUGAAAAUAUUUUAUUGUAUUUUAAUAUUUUUGAAGUGCAGUACCCCCAAAGUUAUAUAAACAAUGAAAAAUUAUUAGGUUUACAUGUAAGAGAUAUAGAAAAAGAUGCAUACAGAGUAUAUCCUAUAUUAAAAGAAUUAAAACAAAAAGAUUAUUUUAGAGUAUUCAAAGUUAAUUUACAUUUAUCAUGUAAAGCUUUUUUAAAAGGUAAUGAGAAAUGUAAAGAAAUAAAAAAAUGUAGUAUUUGUGAGUGUGAACAAGAUGAAAUACCAUAUAAUUUUAGAACAAACGAAAUUGAAAUUAUAGAAAAUAAAAUGACAAAUGAAGAUCUCAAAAAAACAUUUAUAGAAAGUAAAUUGUAUAAAGAUAUAUUAGGAAUUUAUGCACCUUCAAAUGAAGGAUUUAUAUCUUAUGUGGACCUCGUUUAUAAUUCUCCAUCUUUUACAGCAUAUGAGGGUAGAAAUAUAUGGAAUAUGAUUUACAAAGAAAAUUGUUUUCAGAAUGAAAAAAGUGAGUGUGAAGAAAUGAACAGUUUCUAUAAAAUAAUUUCUGGCAUGCAAUCUAAUAUAGCUGUUUUAUCAUCAGAAUAUUUUUAUUUAAAGAACGAUUUUGUAUUUGGUGAAAUCCAGAUGAAUAAUAAAUUUAAUAAUGAUUAUCUUAAAAAUCUAAAUUAUGAUUAUAGUGUGACAUUUUUUAAAGAAAAAAUAGGAUUAUAUCCAGAGAGAAUAGAAAAUUUAUAUUUCACAUUUGCAAUCCUGUUAAGGUCUAUGUGUCGUCUUAAGUCGUUAUUUAAGCAAUGUAAAUGUAAUUCAGGAUAUGAACAGAAUGAUAAAGAAGCAGUGAGACUGUUAGAUGACCUAUUAGAAAAUUUCUAUCAUUCAUGUUCUUCGAAAGAAUUUCUGGAACCACUUUUUCCUCAACACGGCAAAGAUAUAUUAUCAAAGUUUAUGAAUAUAACGAAUAUUCUAGAUUGUGUUCCAUGUGUCAAAUGUAGAUUACAUGGAAAGUUGAAAACAACAGCAUUGCAAAUAGCACUCGUGGAAGGAGUGAGUGACGAACAUAUUGGCUCACUUGAACGCAAUGAAAUCACUGCCCUCAUAAAUGCCCUAUACUAUUUUGCAGAUUCUAUAUUAAUAAUAAACAAAUUUGAGGAUAGGCUAAAGUUAAAAAAGACCAUUUUUAUUUUUUACGUUUUAUCCUUUUCUCUAUUUUUAUUCCUAGUAAUAUAUUCAAUAGUUUUUCUGACUAUUCGAAAUUACAAAAAAAAAAAAAAAAAAGUAGCAUAA